GCAAACGUGUUUAGGUGAUGGUGUAUAUAUGUUUAGGUACAUAAAGUUAUUUUAUUUGUCUUUGGAUUGCCUCAGUGUAUCUCAUGCUUUGGCCAUGCUGGAUUUCUGCAAAAUCGGAGGAUAUCCUGUCUAUGUGUUAUGUUUGUUGUUGGCUACAUAUUUGCUGAAUCAGCUAGAUCGCUACAUUCUGGCCGUAGUCAUCCUACCUUUGACACAGGAGAUUCGUUUUGGGGACAAGAGCUGUUUGCCCAACCAAACUGUGCUGCCUGGACCGGAGUCAUGCAACAAUGCCAGCACUGAGAAGAAAUGUGGCUCCUUGUUGAACUCAAAUAGGACUCCAUAUUGUAAGUGGGGCUACAAUGGCAAUGGAUGGGAAUACCAGAUUAUGGCUGGGCCUAUUUUUAUCCUCAUCUAUACAUUUAUGGGGUUUUUUAUUGGAUUCUUAGCUGAUUCUGCCAAUCGAAAGAAUCUCUUGGCUUUAAGUCUGCUGUUCUGGAGUCUCAUGACUUUCCUGAUGGGGUUUGUCACAGAAUAUUGGCAUCUCUUGGUUUUACGAUUUGGACAGGGAAUUGGGGAAGCUGGCUGCACCCCUUUUGCUACCAGCUUGAUCACAGAUUAUUUCCCUGAGUCUGCAAGGGGUUCAGCAAUGGGUUUUUAUAACUGGGGGAUCUACAUUGGAUACAGCCUUGCAUUCGCAGUUGGAAACUACAUCACUAGAGCCGACAUUCUGGGACUGGGCUGGCGCUUUGCCUUCUUGGUUUGUGGGUUCCCAGGGUUUGUACUGAGCCUGCUGGUGUUCAUAUCAGUGAAAGAGCCUCCGCAUAAGCAGGGAGUACGAGAUGGAAGCAGUUUAUCCUUGUAUCAGCAACUGACCCCUAUACUGCAGCCAUUCUGCAGCCUUUCUCUGCUGCUCCUCUGCCUGGCCGGCUCUGUCAGGAAUGCGGGUGGCUAUGUGUGGGCCUACAAUGCCCAAAACUACUUUAACCUCUAUUUUCCUAAUGAGGAUAUUGGGCGUUGGUUGUCAUGGAUACCAUUGGUUGGAGGGAGUUUCGGUGUUGUGUUUGGUGGAUUCAUUUCUGACCGAGUUGUAAGGAAGAGAGGACUUACUGCCAGAAUAUGGGUUUUGGUUGUCAGUCAGAUUUUGGCAGCUCCUUUCUUGAUUGGGGUUCUAAUUCUCCCCCCUCCAUAUUGCUUCCUCUUGCUCAUUCCAGCUAACAUCAUAGGUGAGAUGUGGGUUGGUGUUGCUUUAGCCAUAUUGGUGGAGCUAGUUCCUUCUGCAGUUCGCACUUCUUCUGUGGCUUUCUACCUUUUCAUUAUCACCAACAUUGGAGGAAAUGCCCCGCUGCUGGUGCCCUUACUGGCAAAACUUUACAAUUUGCGUAUUGCUCUGCUUCUCCUUUACCCUGGAACUUAUGUGGCAGCAUCGCUCCUGUUCCUGUUAACCUUUUGCGUGACACAGACAGGCUACUGGAAGAUGUCCAGUGAGGAAUCGACACCUCUGCUCCAGGAAAGCAGUCAGGACUCACAGGAAAAACACAAGAAGAGUACAUGAGGCUGAGAGGGUUUCUUUUAGGAGAAAUCAUAAUAUCCACACUUUAUGGCUGAGGGUCCCAGUUUUCGUUGCAGAGAAGGGAAGAGAAACUGAAGAACACUUAAGAAGUGGUUGGUGUUUUGAGGGCUCUGGAGGAAAUCACUGCCUCACAGGGAUUUAAUGUGGAUGUCAAUCUACCCUCACAACGCAGUCGCUAGAGGAUAAAAAAACAGCCUACCAGUCUGAAGUGUUGCAUCAAUGAUUUUGAAAACUUGUCUUAUAUAUGGGUUAGGAUUAAUAUUCAUGUCAUCAUUUUUCUCCAUGCAGGCCUUAAUUGAAUUAAGAUGCUAACCUGAUGGACAUCCAAGUCUUAAAGUCUGGAAGACAAGGUCAAAAGAAGCAAAUGGACUCCAGUGCUAUGGCUGCAACAUUAUCAUGGGGAGGAAGUAUGUGGAUGUUGGCUGCUCCAAUCCUGAGGUCAUCACAUGUUCUCAUUCACAUAAAGGAUUCAAGCAUCGCUUCUGCAUUAAAACAGAGAGCACAGCCCUAGGAAUCGUCCUGACCAGCGGCUGUGCCACCUCUCGGCACUGUCACCAGCAGGAGCUCCCGGGGGUGAGGAUCCACUGCUGUGAAUCUGACCUCUGCAACAGCGCCCUGUGGUCCAAAGCAGCUUUGCUCCCAUAUCCCUGUGUGAUAAUGAGCCUCCUGAUAGUUUGGUUUCAAUUAUGAAACAAAAGCAAAUUCUGGAUGCCAGCGUAAUGAAAUACCCAAACCAACAGGUUUUGACGCCUGACUGAUAGAGGGAAUCACCACUGGAUUGUGUGUCAGCAUCCUUUUCAAAAUAAUGCAGAUGAUAAAGUUUCAUUACUAGGAAUUGCCAAAUUACCCUCCUUUAUUCUUUGUAGUGAAUAUCUUAAUUAUAAUAUCAAGGAGAUGAAGGCACACUGUUUAGAAAAGCCCAGUAGAGUCCUGUGGCAGCCAAUGAGUGGAUGCCCUGACUCACCAGGCUUCCUUGCAACUACAGUAACUCAUGGAUUUUGUGAUUACACUCCUUCCCUUACUAUCAAGAAGUCUAGUCAAUCUUAAAAACAUAAAAUAAUCCAAUCUAAAAAUUGGAGAGCUGUGAUAAAAUCUACAAGAUUUUUUUUAAAGUAGAGCCACAAGACCUUGUAACAUUUCUGUGAAGAAUAGUCUUGGAAAACUGAUGUACAGAUUUCACUGUAGUGCAUGGUACCUAAUCAACCUAAUUUAUUUACUGAAACAGAUGGAAAAAAUGUCUUUUUACCCACAAUCCUACCACAUAAGCCAAUAUCAAAUACACAGAGAAACCCCUUUCUAGUGUAUAAGAAGUGUUAGUAAUCAUGAUAAUUCACACCAAACCAGUAUUUUACCAUUGUUGAUGGUUGCCAAAUGUUUUAGCUGCAUUACUGAGAGGUUCAUGUCUUGAUCCUUGUUCAUUACAAAGUUAAUAACUGUAAUUUAUACUAGAAAAUAUACUGCUGAACAAUUUUAAGUCUAUAAGUAGGUGUGAGUAGUUCUUUAAUCACUAUUUCUUGUUGAAACAAAUUGUAGAUUCAGUGUUGAUUAAUGAUCUAAUGGAACACCCUUCCUUGCUAUUUUUUAAAUAGUAACUGAAUUCUAAUUUUCACUAGUAAAUAUUACUGUAGAUACUGUAUAUCAAAUUGUUUCACACAUAUGUGUUCUAAAAAUUUUAAUUAUUUACAUUUAUCAUAUAGGUACAAAUUACUUAAGUAAUAUGUUUCUUGCUCACUGAAUCAAUUAGAAAGGUGAAACAAAAUUGCAUCUCUCUAAAAGGAGUGUGUUUUUAAAUUUGACAGGUGCCAACAGUACACAGAUGUUCCUGCUGUUUAUUUGUAAAAUGUGUUAAUUGGGUACUGUAUUUUAUUAAUGAAACAAAAACAUCACACUUGUUAAGUAGCUCAUAAUAAUUUUUGUAAAUACACUUGAAGAAGUGUAAGGCAAAUAAAAUGGAAUAUAAGGUAUUAAAUUAUAACCCAGUGGUUGGGCAGGCUAUUGUAGCGCUCUCAGGUUCAUGUGGGUAUGCGCACUCGCCGCUGCCGCUGGGGACUGGAACCCGGGCCUCCGGCGUCACUCAACAGGGACCCAGCCAGCUGAGCUAAAGGGAAAGGCUAUUCACAGGGAAGGGCAGUGACGUCACCGUGCUGGUAAGCCGGCUCGAACAACCUGGAAUGUCGUCACCGCGCAAUAAUUCUUUGGGAUUUCCAGAUGCACUCCACUGCAUUUCUUGCAGGGGUUCAUCAAAUGACUUCAGAUGAAUGAUAGCAUGUUUUCUAUGAUUCAGUUGUAUUUUUUAUGCCCAUUUAAUGCUAGACACAAAACAAUUUUUUUAUUAUCUGUACUUACAAUAUCAGGGUAAUUUUAAUUAACUUGUAUAAAUAAAAUGAAAAAUAUGACAAAGCACAAUAAUGGUUUCUUGUAUAGCUCAAUAAAAGUGUGCAUUGAGAGCACAGGCUGAUUGUCCAAGGAGCAGCUAAAGUGCUUCAAGGGGUAGGGUUGUAUAGUUGGCUAAGGUUCUCUCUGCACAAAAGUGAGUCCUGCGAUUUGCCGGGCACCUGCAGGCCUGCAGUGAUGACAAUGAGGAGCAUACCAUUCAUCUAGUCUGCACUAAACCUCCUGUCGGAAGCUGUGAAGCUUGGGGAAUGUGAUAUGAAGAAUGGUUCAAUUGAUGGGUGGGUCUUAAGAGCCUGUCUGCCCAUCCUCAUUCUCUGUAGUACACUAUACACUGUAUGUGUUACAGGUGGAGCAAUUAAUUAAAUUGGAUUGAUAUACACAAUUCCUGGUGCUACUAUUUCUGUGAAAAAGAAAAUAAUCAUAUUGUUAAGCUUAUCAAUCCCCUUCAAUGUUUAGUUAUUUAAAACUGUCUAGAAAAGCUUUGUUUCUAAGCCUAAAGCUUGUCUCACCUUCAACACUAAUUACAGUGCACCCUUCACUGUAAAAUUAUUGAAAGCAGUGGCCUACAGUACAACCAAACAAAUUAUGAUAACAUUUGGUCCAAAGAAACAAUAUUCUGUUAUAUUCAGGCAAUAGUUUAAACAUAGAUAUUGAACACAAUGACACAAUUGUGAACAAAUCAUGUUUUUGGUAUUUAAUGUGACAGUUAAAAUUUAAAAAAAAGAUAAAAAUGAAUAUGAGUUUAAUCUCCUGCAGCAUUAACACAACCCUGGCAGAGCUGAUGCAUAGACCUGAUCAGCCUCAAGAUACAUGUGCUGUGGGAUGUUUUGCCACUGUUCUUGUGCAGCUGCAGACGUGCUGGCAAAGGACAAUACAGCAGCUCCAUAUGCAAUGUCAUCCAUCAGUGCAGUUAAGGGCGAAGCAAUAUUCCACAGUGAAUAAAAUGCUUCACCACUCUCUCUGUCAUCACCUCCAAUGUUGUCUUCUCUACAGAAGACAAUGAGCUGCAGUCAUUGUAUACAGUAGAUGUGCAGUUUAUUCCUUCCUGGAAUUUCUUUUUUUGUAGCCAAAUGUAAAAUGUGAAAAUAAUUCCACAAAUGGAUCAGACAGACGUGAUGGUUGGUGACCUUCUGUCUUCUAAGAUGAAGCACAUAACUGGUUUUCUUCUUUCUUGAGAUAUUGAUUCUUGAAAUAAAACAUCUCAUUUUCCAGGCAGCAUUUAUUCUGUCAUAGACUUUCUUCUAACAUAUCCAAAGCAACCAAGCAAUUUUCAUUAAACCAGAAGGGUAUAGUCAUUUCCCUGUUCUUAUAUUAAUUGCAUCCAGAUACUCAGGAAUGGUUAUUUAAACAGAUUCUUUAUUACUCAAUUUGGCAAUUUCAUGUCAGAUACCAUAUACUGGGAACCUGGUGUUUUGUGAAAUCACAUGACGUGGCCACAGUGUUUUGUUAUUCCUAGGAACUGCACUACUCUAGCAAUCAACAAACCUACAGUUCAUGUAAAUAACAUUGUGUAUGCUGUGCUCAAUGAGCUAUUGAUGUAAAAAUUAAACGGUUGUAUUUUCACCGAGUAUUUGUAUAUGAAAACAUAGAUGUAGUACUAAUGACACGUAGAAAUAAUGUGGUAUUUUAUUUUGGUUGUGUUGGAUUGUGAACAAACUCAACCUAAUCUCCAUAUACAGUAGUAUGCUUCUUUAGAAAAGAUGUAAAGUGGUCAAAUAAGUAAUGUAUUAUUUACAAUGUUCCAGUAAUUUCAGUCUUAUGUGGGAUUGACCUAUAUUAUAUAGUAACUCAGCUUAGAAAUAUAUCAUUAUUUUAUGCAGUCAGCUAUCAUUUGGUUUCACAUACAGUAAGUAUAUUGAUUAUGUAAUGUCAUAUGAAAGUGCUUUCUCUCUAGGAGAUAGAAUUUACUGAUUAAGAGAGAAUUUUCAUUAAACUAUUUUUAAAGAA